AUGGCGAUUGAUCUUACUCCCCAGUUGGCCAAGAAAGUUUGCGAAGGCGAUGGUGGAUCUUACCACGCCUGGUCUCCCUCUGAGCUCCCCAUGUUACAACAUGGCAAUAUCGGUGCAGCUAAACUCGCUCUUGAAAAGAAUGGCUUUGCCCUUCCUAGAUACUCAGACUCUUCCAUGGUUGCUUACGUUCUUCAAGGGAAUGGAGUUGCGGGAAUCGUACUGCCUGAAUCAGAAGAAAAGGUUCUUGCAAUCAAAAAGGGCGAUGCUUUGGCACUUCCUUUUGGGGUUGUGACUUGGUGGUACAACAAGGACGACACUGAGUUGGUUGUUCUUUUCCUUGGUGACACUUCAAAAGCCCACAAGGCUGGUGAAUUCACCAACUUCUUUUUGACCGGUUCCAACGGAAUCUUCACUGGUUUUUCCAACGAGUUUGUGGGGAGAGCCUGGGACUUAGAGGAGAAAGAUGUUAAGACCUUAGUUGGAAGCCAAUCAGGCAAGGGCAUUGUGAAGCUUGACGGAAACAUUAAACUUCCCGAGCCAAAACCUGAUCAUCGUAAAGGUAUGGCAUUGAACUGUCUUGAAGCUCCAUUAGAUGUUGAUAUUAAGGAUGGUGGAAGAGUGGUUGUUUUGAACACCAAGAAUCUUCCCUUGGUUGGUGAGGUUGGACUUGGAGCUGAUCUUGUCAGGCUAGAUGGUAGUGCCAUGUGCUCUCCUGGAUUUUCAUGUGACUCUGCCUUGCAAGUUACUUAUAUUGUCAGAGGAAGCGGUCGUGCUCAGGUUGUUGGCCCUGACGGUAAAAGAGUCCUGGAGACAACAGUAAAAGCUGGUAACUUGUUCAUCGUACCUCGGUUUCAUGUGGUUUCAAAGAUUGCUGAUCCAGAUGGAAUGGAGUGGUUCUCUAUCAUCACGACUCCUAAUCCUGUAUUCACCCAUUUGGCUGGAAGUUCUUCGGUGUGGAAGGCUCUAUCUCCGACAGUUUUGCAAGCUGGUUUCAAUGUGGAUUCAAAACUUGAGCAACUCUUCCGUUCAAAGAGGACUUCUGAUGCUAUUUUCUUUCCUCCACCAAAAUAG